AUGAGGAUAGGCUGUCUCCAAUUCGCCCCCCAGGUGGGCGAUAUCGACAAUAACCUCAAUCGAGCCGACUCGGUCUUGAGCAAGGCAAACACGGACGACCUUGAUCUACUUGUAUUGCCUGAGCUGGCUUUCUCAGGAUACAACUUCAAGUCUUUGCAACAGAUCUCGCCCUUUCUUGAGCCAUCAGGAUCUGGAAUCACUUCCUUGUGGGCGCGAACAACUGCUCUCAAGUACAACUGCAAUGUUGUUGUUGGCUACCCGGAAAAGGUCGAUGUCUCAAGCCAAUGGCCGACCGGCCCUGAGUACUAUAACUCUGCCAUCGUAGUGAAUGGAGAUGGAGAGACGAUCGCAAAUUAUCGGAAAAGCUUCCUCUACUAUACGGAUGAGACAUGGGCACUCGAGGGCAACCAAGGAUUCUACGAGGGUUGGAUUCCUGGCCUUGGAAACACCUCCAUUGGCAUUUGCAUGGACUUGAACCCCUACAAGUUUCAAGCACCGUGGCACGCCUUUGAGUUCGCUUUCCACGUUCUUGAGUAUGAAUCGAACCUGGUCAUUGUAUCUAUGGCAUGGAUGACUCGUGAAGACGGCCGUAUGUUCAGUCGGAUGCCCAACGAACCAGACAUGGACACUCUGACCUACUGGGUCACCCGUCUGGAACCCCUCAUUCGAUCAGAGAACGAAGAUGAGAUCAUCGUGGUGUUCUGCAAUCGGACCGGUACGGAGGAUGAAGUGGUCUACGCUGGCACAAGCGCGGUCGUUGGGGUCCAGGAUGGCGAGGUCAAGAUCUACGGUCUGCUGGGUCGAGGCGAAAAGGAAUUACUGGUCAUCAACACCAGCAAUCCUCCGUAUGCAAAGCUGGUUUAUCGCCCAGAGCCCGAGAGGCCUUCGGCUGUUCACUCCGAACUGUUGCAAACUGGCUCUUCUGCGUCUGCAACGAAUGCGCCUGCAUCGGGCUCUUCAUCCCAAGGCGGUGGAACAAGACAAGGCUUCUCCUCGCACACCCCGACACAGCCGACAUCGCCGCCUAACCAAUCCUCUGCAGCUUCGGUCUCAUCUCAGAGAUCACAAAGGUCCCAAAGGUCUCAGAAAUCUCAAAAGUCUGAGAAGACCCAAACAUCGCCCAAGAAAGAGCAUCAACCUUCCAACUCCAACGGCUCCGAGUCCGACGCCGAUGGCCAUCCGACCCAAGUUAAUCAUUCCGCAAUCACCACCACUCGCGCCGUGGCAGACUUCUAG